CAAGAGCUGGAGCACAGAGAGAAGCAGCAACAUGGGAGAACUUUGUGUCCACUCUGUUCUGGUGACUGGGGCCAACCGGGGCCUCGGCCUGGGGUUUGUGCAGCAUUUCCUGAGGAUGCCAAAGCCACCCCAGUGGAUCUUUGCGACGUGUCGGGACCCCAAGGGACAGAGAGCGCAGGAGUUACAGAAUUUGGCCUCCAAGCACCCCAACGUCAUCAUCAUCCCGCUCGAAGUCACCAACCCCGCCAGCAUCAAGGCGGCUGCAGCCAAGGUUGCAGAGCACCUGGGGGGCUCUGGGCUGAACCUCCUCAUCAACAACGCUGGAAUGGUCAAGCCUAAGACACUUGAUUCUGAGACAUUGGAGGACAUGACCGAGACUUACACCACCAACACGGCUGGACCCCUGCUGAUGGGCCAGGCGUUCCUGCCCUUGCUGAAGAAGGCUGCCCAGGGGAGCCCGGACUCAGGGCUGAGCUGCAGCAAGGCUGCCAUCAUCAACAUGUCCAGCUAUGCAGGCUCCAUUGAGGAUGUCUAUCUAUGGGAUUUUGGACAAGUUGUCUCAUACCGCUGCAGCAAGGCUGCUCUGAACAUGCUGAGCAAGUGCCAGUCCCUGGCGUACCGGGAGCACGGCGUCCUCUGCGUCACUCUCCACCCCGGCUGGGUGCAAACCGACAUGGGGGGUACAGGAUCAUAUAAGCCUCCCCUGACAGUGGAUGACAGCCUGCAAGGGAUGCUGAAGGUGCUGUCCUCCCUCUCUGAGAAGGAGACCGGCACCUUCCUGGACUGGGAAGGGAAGGUUUUGCCCUGGUGAGAUGCUGAUUCAGGAUUCUGACUGUGAGGACCUUUGUUGCUGCACUAUGUUGUGCCUGUCCCUGAGUAAAUGUGUCCACAAACAAUAAAUAGCACUGUGUGAGCCUC